UGGUAGAAGGAAAAGAUUGUUAUUCUUGAAAAAAAUAUGAUAUUUCGCUCAAAUGAUGCUCUCCUUUUUCGACGAGAAUAUGGUUUUCUAUUUUUAUCUUUCCGUUGGAGCAGCAGCUUUGAUUUUUGCAAUACUUGGUGUCUUGCGGUACAUUUCCAUCAGCAAAAUCAGACUUGACAAGAGAGAUGAAAGGAAAAAAGUGUACAUGUCAACACUUGAUGUUUUGACUUUCUUGAAAAACCAGAAGCCAUUUCCUGUGGGUGUCCACACAGGUUGGAAACUACAAGGGCUGCUUAAUGGUGACAGGGUAUGGAACCAUGAGGCUUCCAUUGACAAUCAGAGUGCUCCAUUCCUCAUAUAUGCCACCUUCCGCAAAGUCAGAGUGCCUUCACAGGUGGUUCUUCAAAUACUAAAAGAUGUUUCCAAAACAACAAGCUGGAAACCAGGUUGCCUAGCAACAAGUAUUACAUCGAGGCCUGGGGGAGAGGAAGAGCCCAUGGUACGAGGCAAGGGCAUCAUGGGAAGUCUGCCCGUGCAACACGAUGUUGUGGAGGAGACCAUGCCAGCUAAGCAGCCAAGUUUCUGGAGAAGCCUUUUCAUGGAAGAUGGCGAAAUACAGACAGAUAAAAUGGAGCAGAAAAGGUACUGGCACCGGGAAGACAACGGUGUGUGCUGGCACUUGCAGAUGUGUGAGGCACGUCAGCACUGGCUAUUUUUUCUUGCACAGCCUGUACAGGAGGUGGACGAGUGCCUUCUCACGGUGGUUGGUUACCAUGACAACACAGAUGGCUUCUCAACUGGCCGUCAUGUUAGUGAAAUUCUCGGUUCCCUGUCGGCUUACAUUCGAUACCGCAAGUGCAUGGCGACGAGCCUUGUUGACAUGAAAAUGCCAUCCACAAAUCACGAAAAGUAUGCACGAUCCUACAGCUCGUCUGAGGAUCAUACCGCGGGGCAGAAAAUGUUGCUGCGUUUUAGAUCUCUAGUCGAAAAACCUAUCGGUGCUGAAAAACUGUAUUCUAUGAAACAGCAGCUGGUUCGAUCUACUUCCAUUCUACGCCACAAAAGCCCGUCAUUUACGACUGGGAUGGACUUGCCAGAAAACAAUGCUCAGAGUGAUUUGAAAACCUGCUCUCUAGAUCGAAGGAAAAACAUGCCUCAUUUUAGCAGAUCAGAGCAAGUGAAACUGAAGACACAAAGUAGGGACUUUUACCCAAAGCCUAAGGACACAAAUACUCAAAGUGAUAGCGAUGCAGCAAAUAAGAAUACUCACUCAGAGAACAACAAUGUAGAUAAAGAAGCAACUGUUGCCAAUGCAAACACAAAUAACAACAGUGACGCCUCACAGUCUGAAGAUGAGACAGGUGACAUGGAUGAUAAUGAUAUUAAAGAUUUGGAUCGCUCACUCGAAGCAGAUGUAGAUGAUCAAGAGAAAUUUGAACAAAGCCUGCCACAGAAAGAUUCCCCUGACCCUAGUAAAGAGGGCAUUCAGCACAUAGUGUCUGCUAACCACACAGCUGCCGAGCUAACCACUGUGGCCCUACAGGCAGCCAACAUUGAUCUUAGAACUUCCAUACAAGACCAAGUACUGGCAUCUGGAGGAUGGAUGUUCUGUGGUCUCGACAAUGAUGUAGUGGUGCUAAAGAAAGUCUCAAUCAAGGAAAACAUUCACUGUUACCUUGGUAAAGGUGUGAUCCAGGCCAAGCCUCAGUCAGUGUGGAAUGCCAUCCGGAACCCACGAACCAAGUUUGCCUAUGAUGACAGUUUAAAGAAAGUGGAUGUGAUUGAAAAAGUGUCGGACAACAUCAAGAUCGUUUACUACUACCAUGAGGUACUGCAGCUGUUCAAGACGGAAUGUUAUGACAUGGUGGUCGCACAGAGUGAGAGAGUUGACAGGGGAGACAAAUACAUCCUAGCCAUGCAGUCAGCUGACUCACAGUCAAACACAGUCGCCACCCCAUCAAACACAUCAAGAGUCAAGGUUUUACCAAGUGGUUGGAUCAUUGAGCCGGUGAACAAGGACAGGAAGGUCUACUCAAUGGUCACCUACAUCAUGCAGAUUGAACAAGCAGACAGCCCCCUGGGAGCAGACAGAACGCCUUUCGAAGAUUUCAUCGCCAAGCAGCCACUGGGUAUUGCCUAUUUGCGACAGUACCUUAAAGGUUGCCUCUACCAGAAAUAGAACAACGCAUAUCUGUCUCCAAUCUUCUACGCAGUGAUCUCCCUUCAUGAUCAGAACAGAGAUCUCUCCUACCAUAUUUGAUAGCUGGAUUUUAACUUGUCACAUUUUAAGAAAUUUAUUUCAUUUUUUUUAUUCAUAUUUAAAUCUUUAGAUUACAGGAUUUUUUCAUAUCUUAAAUGUUAAAAUAUAUUUGAACAAAACCAUAUACUAAGAUUUUGAACACUUUGCCAUGAUUUUAAUCAACAUUAUGUGAUAUGAGUGACAGCAGUGGCUUCUGUACAGCAAAGGGAAGUAAUACCUGCAAGGAGUUUGAUGUGUCUAAGUACAGUUAAAGGGGCAUUCUGUCAGAUUAUGCGUAAAUGGAAACUUUUACCUUCAAAUUUAAAAAACAACAACAUGAUAUUAGGAGAAUAUUCCAUUUAUAAACAUAGUGAUAAAGAAUUCACCAUGAUAUAAAACGAGACCUUGUGUGUCAUUGUAGAGUUAAAAGGGUUGUUCUGUUAGAUUAUUUGAAGAUGGGCUCUUUUAGAUCAGAAAGGUUUUAAAAGGAUCUUGUUUUUUUUCUAGAUUUUGGGGCCGACAUUUCAACAAGCGUUUUGUAGACAAAUGUUUCAAAUUUGUUUUUCUUCAUUGUGAUGAAAUAAAAAUCUAUGAAAAAAGUGGUUUUGGCUGGAAUUAACACUCUUGGCUUAUUUAUUUUAUAAGAUAAAACUUAAAUUCAAUUUUUAAUACUACCAUUUAAUUGAAAGCUUUGAUCUUACAAUAUCUUGCCAUACGCUCAUUCAUGAGAUAGCCCUAUUAUAGUGUUAAAUUGCAUUUAGGCCAAAAAAAAAAAAUUGUUUGUUUAGGGUAACCUUCCCAAAAUUUCUAGGUAGGGUAGGUAGGGAUUUUUUUUUUUCAAAAUCUGUCAUAAGUUCAGAGUGUUUUCUUGCACAUGGCAGUCUUUCAUACAUUACUGUCAUUGCCUGACUUUGUUUUAUCAUAUAAAAAAUAAUUCUGAUUAAAAUCAGCAUUUAGCCGCCCUUCGUAACUCUCUAUUCGCUAACGAAUAUUUUAUUUGCUCAGAAACGGAAAAAAAUAGUUAGGGUCGGCGCAUUUUUAUAGGUAGGGUCGGGUUACCUGAAACAGACAUAUUUUUUUUUAGGCCAUGGGAAAUAUGAACAACUCACAAGCGUCACAUCGAGUUUAAGAGGCAUUUGCUUACAUCUUAGUUUUCUUAAAAUCUUAUUGUUAUUUAAAAGAAACAAUAUUUCUUAUGGAUAGUGGAUAGCAUUAAUAAUAUUUAAUAUGCUUCUUUCGCUAUUGUUUUAAAAGAAUCAAUAUUUUUUUAUGGAUAGCAUUAAUAACAUUUAAUAUGCUCAUUUCUCUAAAAAGGAGAAGUUAAAAAGUUUUUCUUCAGUGAAAUUAUUGACUGUUUUUAAAAAUCAUAUGGUUUUAAAUGAAUUUAGUUUUUAUGGAUAUGCCUAUAGCAUUAAUUAUAUGUUCUAAGCUCGGUUCUCUAAAACAGAGAAGGUUGAAAGAUUUUUCAGUGAAUUUACUCCCUUGUCGUACCCAAUCACUGCGGCUUUAACCAAUGAUAUUAAUAUCGUAGGGUAUUAAAGGGGGACAAUAGGUUUAUACUUGAUAGAAACAAAAAAAUGUGUAAAUACCAGCUACAUGUAAGAAGGCCUGUAUAAGGCAUGGCUUAUAAGUGGCUAUUUGACAUGUGAACUGACAGAAUGUCUCUGAAAAUACCAGCUAAUUAGUCAUAUAUAAGGCAUUAUAACUAUAUAUAAGGGGCAUUUUGAUAUAUGAACUUCAACGCUUUUCAUUUUAAGUAAUGUUUUUACCAGUGAACAGUGCACUUCUUCCAUUAUGAACAAAGGAGAUUUUGUCUUCCAUCUUAAGUAUUUCAAAAGUUUGCACUGUUUCGUUCUAAAAGUACCGUAUAUAUGGAAAAAAUCUAUGUUUAAGUGUGUGCUGUGCUUAUUAAAGUAAAUUAGCCAACAAUUAAUUAAUAUUUUCAAAUGGAAUUUGGUGGUGGUUCACAAUGUAAUCUUUUCGUUAAAGGGACUCAUUCAUGUUUGAAAGGGUUAGUCGCUGAAAAAAGUAUUUUCGCUUAAAAUAUUUUUUUUCAAUGCUAAUAAAACAUUUUCAAAAGAGAGUGACUGAAAAUGCUCUAUUUUGCUGAAGCUAUAAAGAAUUGAAUUAUUUAUGGCUACAGAACUCUGUUCAAAUGAGUUUCUGUCAGUUGCUGUUUGAUGUUUGUUCAUAACAGUUAUUAGAUAAACCCAAUUUCAAAAAAGUUAAAAAAAUGUAACCAUCAUUAAAAUCUGUGAGUCCCUUUAAAAAUAAAUGGACAUGAAUUUGUGUGGCUUGGUGUGUUCUGUGUAUUGAAAAGUGUUUACAAUUGGAUUGUUUUAAUAGACUGAUUGUUACAUUUGUCACUUGAAGUUAAGCUUAAUAUGUAUCUCUCUUGCCACUGUCUUAUUUUUGUUAUUUUGUUUUACGCUUCACUCAUUAUACAUGAUUAAGAAUACAUUGCUUUCAAUGCUUCGAACAAAAAUCGUCUUUCUAAAUUAUCAUUUUUUGCUUUCUCUAGGACUAGCAUUUGCCUCUGUGAACAAAAGUUCUAUAAGGAAUCAAAAUAAGUACACAAAAUCGUCAUAUUUUGUUGUUCUUAAAAAUAUGUGUUCUUGUUAAAAGCAUUUACUUGUAGGCCAGUAUCUGAAAUGUUCAGACCACCUUAUGUGUAUGCGGUAUUUAAGUAAUUUAUUUAUGUAAAUCUUGUUAACCUACUGUGCUAUAAUAUAAUUAAACUGUUGCUACCAAUUUGACCAGUAACAAAAGCAAAUAUGGUAUCUUGAUGAGAUCAUUUGCCAAGUUUUUUUUGUGAAACCAUUGGAUAAUACAACCAUGAUGUGUUUAUAUUUACUUGCAAAAUAUACUGUUCUGAUUGGUCAAUUGAUUAUGUCCCAAAAGCUGAAAUAUAGUAUACAUGUGUUUAUUCUUGUGUCGGUCAGAAACCAAACUUUGUCAACAAAAAAACUGGAGAACAGUUUCUCGAGGACUGUCAAACUUUAGUGGUAGGGUGACCAUUUCAUGACCCCUAUUUUUUUUAGGUCAGUAUGAAAUUGAGACCUAGGACCAUGAAACUUGGUAGUAGGUUGACAUUGACCAGAAGAUUGUGAGAACACUUGUUCAACGGUCAAUAAUCAAUGCAUUUUAUUUAAAAAUUGAUGAUUAAAACAAACAAGAAAAACCAUAAAAAAUCAUUAUUAAAGUACAGAUGAAAAAAUGUAAGGCUUGAUAAAGUUUUGUUUUUUUUAGCCACAUACUCCACAGUUAAAAAAAGCCAAAAUAUUGCUCAUAUUGCUUAUGCACCAGUCAAUUGUAAUCCGAAUCCCCCAGGUCUGGGGAAUAGCGGGGACUUUGACUUUCGGUCCAGCCAAGCCCGGGUAAAAUCUCUGCCCUGCGGGGAUGAACUGAUGGUAAAAUCCCUGCUAAAUGUCUCCGCACCCAAGGGACCCUAGGUAAGGCCCAUUUCCCCGGCUAUCCCCGGUAUACCCACGGACCUGGAGGGGAUGUGGUUACAAUUGACUGGUGCAUUAUCUGUAUCUAAAUCAUAUGCAUUUUUAAAAACGAAAAUUGCAUCAGACUGUAUUGUGCACCUAAAAUAAAAAUAAAAUAUUACUUGAGGGGCUAAAAAAAAUUGGGUUUCAGGUUAUUUGUGAGCUAAUCGUUCAAGGCCAAACAAGCUAAUAAUUAAUUUUGUGAUUAAUUUUUUUUUUUUUGAAAAUGAUUGUUUUUCAUUUUUACUUUAUGUUAAAUAAUGCUUUUUAAUGGAUAAAAAUAUCAUGCAUAAUAAUUGUAAAUAGGGUAAUUUAAGUGUUUCAAUUGUCACGAUUAUAUUAUUGUCACGAAAUGUAUUGUAUGCAAAAUGAUUUUAUUUAAUACUUUUUAUUGUGAUCAAUAAUAUUCCCCUCCUAGCACAUUCAUUUGUUUUUUAAAUGUGAUAAAUAAUAUUGACCUCCUAUAAAUACCGUAUUAUCUAGCACUUUUACUCAUAGAAAUUGGUGCUACCUAUAUUGUAUUCUAAAAUCAUUUCAAGUAAAAUUGUUCAGCUUUUUGAUCGCCAGCAAAACAUGGCACUUGCACACUGUCAAACUUUGGGAUUGCUUGGUCUGGUUUCACCGCGGGCGUCACACUAUCAAACACGGGGAUUGCUUGGUCUUGUUUCACCGUCGGCGUCACACUGUCAAACAUGGGGAUUGCUUGGUCUUGUUUCACUGUCGGGGUCACACUGUCAAACAUGGGGAUUGCUUGGUCUUGUUUCACCGUCGGCGUCACACUGUCAAACAUGGGGAUUGCUUGGUCUUGUUUCACCGUCGGCGUCACACUGUCAAACAUGGGGAUUGCUUGGUCUUGUUUCACCGUCGGCGUCACACUGUCGAACACGGGGAUUGCUUGGUCUUGUUUCACCAGCGGCUUCAUACUGCCAAACACGGGGAUUGCUUGGUCUUGUUUCACCGUCGGCGUCACACUGUCAAACACGGAGAUUGCUUGGCCUGAUGUCACUGUUCUGAACAAUUUGUCGUUUGGUGUUUUGUUUUGUUGCUGCUGUUUUGAGGAGUGCCUUAUAUGUAUGAAAUGAUGAUGAUAUUUCUCUAUAUGUUUAGAUGAUCUCUGGAAUGAAGCCCAUGUAUUACAGUCUGACCGCUUGGUUUUAUCCAUGAAUUAUAGAAAACAUUCAUUAUACUUUUUGUUAUACCAGCUGUUUUUGGAUUGUACAUUUAUAUUGAAAUAACAUGUACUAGAUAGAUUGAUUUAUGAUAUUGAUUUAUGAUGAGAUGAAUUUGAUUGACUGUAAAUUCUUUGUCCAUUACAAAUUUUAUGAUAUUAUAUGACUAAUGUUUAUUGUCUGUUUCAUUUUUUCAAAAAAUAAUAUUGGAACUGCAAGGCAAAUCAUUUUUUCAGAAUAGCUCUAAUUAUUAUAUGCUUUGGGGAGGUUUAUGUUUAUUAUAUAUGUUUUGAGGUGGUUUACCAGUGAAGUACAUGUAUGCAGAGGAUGAUUGUUUGUUUCAGUGUAAGAUCACAAAAAUAUUUUCUGGAAUGAGCACUUGGAAAAACCUGUUUUAUAGCUAAAAGCGUUACUAACAGUAUAAACAAAAAUGCAUAAAACAUCCAAUUUUGAACUUAAAUAUGAAAAUCUACAAUCUGAUUUUUUGUCAGCAGUCUUAUACGGUAUCACUGGUUUCCAUGCAUUUUCGCAUAAAUUGGCUCGCUCCAAGACAAAGAAUAAAAAAGUUGUCAAAACGUUCAAUUUGUGAGAGUUUUAAAAGCCAAUGACAUUUAAUCUGUGAGAGUGCAGCUUUAAGGAAUAAAAUAAAAACAAAUAAUAAAAGGUGCAAUUAAUUUUACCCUGUUAACUCUACUUGCUGUUCAUGGAACAUAACUCUUGAUGCUCACUCUAUGAAAUUUUAUUGAGUAUACUAGCACCGAAACAAAGAGUUAUCCCCCAAUAGGUUUAAGAUUUAUAUUGCGAUGAAAAGUAAUUAAUUCUCAUGAAAAAAUACACAAAAACAAAACAUUAUCUAUGUAUUUAUUUUUUUGCCUGUCAUUUUUUGCUCAGUAAAACUUGCAAUUCCAUUUUGUUUUGUAUAUACAUGUAUAAACAUAUUUUUAGCCAUUCUGUUUUUCAUAGAAAAAAAAAAAUAGCCUUGGCUUGUCAUCUUAUGUGGCGGCAUCACAAGCUCAUUUCUAUACUUGGCAAUAACUUUAAAACCAUUCAAGAUAUUCCAAUGAAACUUGGUACACAUGUUGCUCAUAAUCACAAUGUGCGGCCAUUAAGGCCCAUAACUCUUUCUUGAGUAAUUGUUGAAUUAUGCUUCCUUUUAAUGAAAAAAAUGACACAGAUGGGCCUUGGAGUUCACUCUUUGACAGUCUUGUUAGACAUUAAGAAUAUAUUUUAUAAUUGCCACAUAAAAUUAUUUCUUUAACCUGAUUAAUUUGGUCCCAGAAUGUGUUCACAAAAGCAAGAUGUAUUCUUUUCAAAAGUCAUUCUAAGACUUCCUGCUUUUACAUCAACAUUAUUUCUUACACCUGAUAAAUUUUGUCUUAGAAUGUGUUCACAAAAGCAAGAGGUGAAUUAUUUUCAAAAAUUGUUCUAAAUCUUAUUGUAUUUUCAUCAACAUCAUUUCGUAAACUUUAAACUAAAAACGUGUUUACAAAAGCAAAACUUUAAGAUGUAUACUUUUCAAAAGUCUUCCUGCUUUUUCAUCAACAUUAUUUCUUUAACUUGAUAAAUUUUCAUCCCAAAUCGUGUUCACAAAAGCAAAAGGUGUAUUAUUUUCAAAAGUUGUCCUAUAAGGUUUACUGCCUUUUCAAUGAUUGUAAUGAAAGUGAUGGUCAUUGUAGCUUAAUUUAUUCAUUCGGAACUCCUCGGCCAUUUUUAUCGAAAACAACCUUGGAUGUACUUUGAAGGUUUACAUUCUCAAAAAGCGGUACGUUUAAGUCCACUGAAGUAGGUCCCGUAGUAAUUUUAUUUAGCAGUUAAACUUUAUGACUUUACUCUUGGAAAUCUUAAUUAUGUUUGCAAUAAUACCUUUCACUGGCAAUCAAUUUAAACUUAGAUCAAUAAAUACAACUCUUAAACACUAUAUUUAAUUAAUGAUAUAAUUCAAAAACUUACAAACUACUUCAACUGAUGUACCCGCAUACGUCGGAGGUUGUUUUCGAUAAAAAUGGCCCAGGAGUUCCAAAUGUAAUUAUUAUGGUUUCUAUGAUAUGUAUCAUCUAUCAAUAAAAUAACAGACGGAAGCAUUAGUACGAAAUGGUGAAACAUAUAAAUAUUGUAUGUAUUUUAAGCAAGACUUGAGAUAUAUAUGGAUUUAAGUUAUGACAAUUUAUAUAAGAAUUAUUAAUUAGCUGUUAAGUCAGAGGGUACUGUUGGUUGCAUUUAUUUUGUUUGGGAUUUUGCUCGAAAUAUACCUGGUAUAUGAUCAUAUCAUAUCACUAAAAUCUUUCUUUAAUAUAAAAAACCUUCCAUGUUAUUUUGUCAAUCUGUAUCUUCGCCUUUCCCAUUCUUAUUAAAAUCAAAUUCCCAAAAACAAUUUGUCAUGUUACACUUUUGGGUUAAUAUAAUAAAGGGAAUAUUUGCCAAUACUAAACAUCACGGAUUGUUUUGAAACAGAAAAACAACACAAAGUUAAAGUUAUCAACAGAAUUACACACAUGUACAUGCAUCUCAUAAUUUGUAUACACACUUAUUUAUACCUGUAAAAUCAAAAUGUGGUGGAUCAACAAAUUAUUAAUUAUGGAAGCUUGUGCUUUAUUUCACUGUUGGCGAAGGUGUGUUACUCUAAGUACUUCGGUACAUCGCAAAUACCAUAUAGUCACCUAUUUAUAUCAUUAUUUAUGAAUAUACACUUGUUUUUAUGUACAUGUCUCAGUAAUAUGAGGCCAUUCAUAAACAUUUCUUUGUUUGCAGUAGCCUGACCUUUUUCCUUUUUUGGGGUGGGU